UCUAGGUCUUUAGACAUCUCCUAAAUCUCGCGCCAGUAACAUUUUUUUAGAGUAGCUACAGUCACUCAAUCAUGGCUCAUUUUGCAUAAAAUGACUGCAUGACAAAUGGCCAUCCUAUUGGAUGUUCCUCAGAAAUUCAGAACAAACCUGCCGGACAGUUACCCCACCUGAGCCAAACCGACCAAGACAUUUAACUUCCCGCACAUACUGUCCGCAACGACUGAGAGAUUCACUCCGACACAGCUGACAAGGAAUCUACCAGCACUUUUGCUAAGAACAUGACUGGAUUUUAGGAGUACCCUGGAUAGAAUUUUUAAUAUAAAACAAAUACAUAACAGAAAAGAAGAGUCACUUUGGAUCAGCAAGACAAGAACAGGCAGAACGAUGCCAGGAAGCGUGAAGCUGCGCAGCGUCAAGAAGUUUGGACAGGAAAAUGAUGGUUAUGAAUUUUCAGAUGAAGAGACAAAUGGUGAUUACAUGACAAUGGUUUCUGGAAAGCAUAAAAAGUCCAAAAAUGGCAAGAAAGAAGAAUCAGCCAUCCGUGUAGGCUUCUUUCAGCUGUUUCGCUUUGCCAGCUGCCGGGAGAUCUGCAUGAUGAUUUUUGGGAGCAUAUGUGCGAUCAUUCAUGGUUCGGCGCAGCCGCUGAUGCUGCUCGUGUUUGGGAUGCUGACGGACACCUUCAUAGAGUACGACAUCGAGCUCAACGAGCUUACUGACCCGGAGAAAGUAUGUGUGAACAAUACUAUACAGUGGAGAAACCUGACGGAAGAAGAAAACCUGGCACUGAACAUGACCAAAUCAUGCGGGCUACUGGACAUUGAAUAUGAAAUGACCAAUUUCGCCUACUAUUAUGUAGGCAUCGGAGCGGGGGUCUUCAUUCUAGGAUACCUCCAGAUCUCUUUGUGGAUAACUGCAGCAGCACGUCAGAUUCAGAUCAUCAGGAAGAUGUAUUUCAGGAAGGUCAUGAGGAUGGAGAUUGGAUGGUUUGACUGCACCUCUGUGGGAGAGCUCAAUACGCGCAUGUCUGAUGACAUCAACAAGAUAAACGAUGCCAUUGCUGAUCAGGUGGGGAUCUUCAUCCAGCGCUUCACCACAUUUGUGUGUGGUUUCCUCAUGGGUUUUGCAAAGGGCUGGAAACUAACGCUGGUCAUCGUUUCAGUGUCUCCUCUCAUUGGGGUCGGAGCAGGUCUCAUGGCUCUGUUUGUGGCAAAGCUGACGGGAAUGGAGCUGCAGGCAUACGCUAAAGCAGGUGCAGUAGCGGAUGAGGUUUUAUCCUCUGUACGCACGGUGGCAGCAUUCGGCGGCGAGAAAAAAGAGGUGGAGAGGUAUGACCGUAAUCUAGUCUCUGCCCAGCGAUGGGGCAUCAGGAAAGGCCUGAUCAUGGGGUUUUUCACAGGGUACAUGUGGUUUAUCAUCUUCCUGUGUUAUGCACUGGCCUUCUGGUAUGGAUCCAGCUUAGUGGUGGACACACAAGAGUACAGUCCAGGGACAUUACUGCAGGUAUUUUUUGGCGUGCUCAUUGCUGCACUGAGUCUGGGCCAGGCUUCUCCUUGUCUGGAGGCUUUUGCUGCUGGAAGAGGAGCCGCCACCAUUAUCUUUGAGACAAUAGAGCGCAAACCAGAGAUCGAUUGUCUCUCUGAGGCUGGAUAUAAGUUAGACAAAGUGAAAGGAGAUCUGGAGUUUCAUAAUAUAACUUUUCAUUACCCAUCUCGACCUGAAGUGAAGAUCCUCGAUCAGCUAAACCUGCAGGUAAAGUCAGGAGAGACGACAGCAUUUGUGGGUCCCAGUGGUGCUGGAAAGAGCACAGCAAUCCAGCUCAUCCAACGAUUCUAUGACCCCAAAGAAGGGAUGGUUACUCUGGAUGGUCAUGACAUCCGGGGUCUGAACAUCCAGUGGCUGCGUUCUCUGAUUGGAAUUGUGGAGCAGGAGCCGGUUCUGUUUGCGACCAGCAUCGCUGAGAACAUUCGGUACGGGCGGCCGGGAGUCUCCAACGACGACAUCGUCACAGCAGCCAAAGAGGCCAAUGCCUACAACUUCAUCAUGGACUUACCUCAGAAAUUUGAUACUUUGGUAGGUGAGGGUGGAGGCCAGAUGAGUGGCGGGCAGAAGCAGCGAAUCGCAAUAGCCCGGGCGCUGGUGAGGAAUCCCAGAAUCCUCCUCCUGGACAUGGCUACAUCGGCUCUGGACAAUGAGAGUGAAGCUGUUGUACAGGAGGCUUUGGACAAGGUCCGAAUGGGUCGCACCACCAUCUCCAUCGCUCACCGUUUAUCCACGAUAAAGAAUGCUGAUGUGAUUGUGGGAUUCGAGCAUGGCCGCGCCGUGGAACGAGGAAAACAUGAGGAGCUGUUGGAUAGAAAGGGCGUCUACUUCACCUUGGUGACUCUUCAGAGCCAGGGAGACAAAGCCCUCAACCAAAAAGCCCGACAGGAGAUGGAGGAAGCUGCAAGCAGUGACCCUGAUGCAGAGAGAAAGAGUCUCAACAGGGCAGGAAGCUAUCGUGCUAGCUUAAGGGCUUCUCUUCACCAAAGAUCUCGAUCGCAGCUGUCAAACGUUGUACCUGAAUUGUCUGUGGCCAUCACUGGAGAGCUGGGCCCUCGCUCAUACUCUGAAACCCACGUUCCUCUGGAAAUCCAGGGAAAGAGCGGCCUUCCUGAUGACGAUUCAGAAGAGGUGGAACCAGCUCCAGUGGCUCGUAUUCUGAAAUACAACGCUCCUGAAUGGCCCUACAUGCUCUUUGGAAGCUUUGGAGCCGCUGUGAAUGGAGGGGUGAACCCCGUCUACGCUCUCCUCUUCAGCCAAAUCCUGGCGACCUUCUCGAUGCCUGACCCUGUUGAACAACGGAGGGAAAUUAAUGGAAUCUGUCUGUUUUUUGUAGUCGUUGGUUUGGUUUCGUUUUUCACUCAGCUGUUGCAGGGCUAUGCAUUCUCUAAAUCUGGGGAGCUGCUGACUCGUAGACUGAGGUGUCUGGGUUUUCAGGCGAUGCUGGGACAGGAGAUCGCCUGGUUUGAUGACCACCGAAACAGUCCAGGUGCUUUGACCACAAGACUAGCCACUGAUGCCUCACAAGUCCAGGGAGCCACAGGUUCCCAGAUCGGCAUGAUCGUGAAUUCUCUGACCAACAUCGGUGUGGCCAUUAUCAUCUCCUUCUACUUCAGCUGGAAGCUCACUCUGGUCAUCCUGUGCUUCCUGCCCUUCCUGGCUCUUUCUGGAGGGUUUCAGGCUAAGAUGUUAACUGGAUUCGCCAAGCAGGACAAAGAGGCCAUGGAGGCAGCAGGACAGAUAUCUGGGGAAGCACUGAAUAACAUCCGCACCAUUGCUGGCCUGGGAAAAGAGCGUAAUUUUGUGGAAAUGUUCGAGGCACAGCUGGAGGCUCCGUACCAGGCCGCGCUGAAGAAGGCUAAUGUUUAUGGCGCCUGUUAUGGGUUUGCGCAGUGCGUGGUCUUCAUGGCAAACUCUGCCUCCUAUCGAUUCGGUGGAUACCUGGUCUAUCAAGAGGGGCUACACUUCAGUUUUGUUUUCAGGGUGAUUUCAGCGAUUGUAACCAGUGGCACAGCUCUCGGCCGAGCGUCAUCAUACACGCCAGACUACGCCAAAGCCAAGAUCUCUGCCGCACGAUUCUUCCAGCUACUCGACCACAUUCCUAAAAUCAGCGUCUACAGCGAUGAAGGAGACAAAUGGGAUCAUUUUAAAGGGGACAUUGAGUUUAUAGACUGCAAGUUCACGUACCCGUCCCGGCCAGAUAUUCAGGUUCUGAAUGGUCUGAGUGUGAGUGUUAGACCGGGACAGACUUUGGCCUUUGUGGGCAGCAGCGGCUGUGGCAAAAGCACCAGCGUUCAACUACUGGAGCGAUUCUAUGAUCCUAACAGUGGACGUGUGCUCAUUGAUGGCCGUGAAUCUACUCGGGCCAAUGUUGCUUUCCUGCGCUCUAAGAUUGGGAUCGUCUCUCAGGAGCCAAUUUUGUUUGACUGCAGUAUAGAAGAGAACAUCCGCUACGGAGACAAUCAGCGCCAUCUCAGCAUGGAUGAUGUCAUCGCCGCAGCCAAGAAAGCCCAGCUGCAUGACUUUGUCAUGUCACUUCCUGAGAAAUACGACACUAAUGUUGGUUCCCAAGGUUCCCAGCUGUCCCGUGGCCAAAAGCAGCGCAUUGCCAUAGCCAGAGCGAUCAUACGAGACCCCAAAAUACUUCUGCUGGACGAGGCCACCUCAGCACUGGACACAGAGAGUGAGAAGACUGUACAGGAAGCGCUGGAUAAAGCCAGAGAAGGCAGAACAUGUAUCGUCAUCGCUCACCGUCUCUCUACUAUCCAGAACUCUGACAUCAUAGCGGUGAUGUCACGGGGUUACGUCAUUGAGAAGGGCACGCAUGACUAUCUCAUGAGCCUGAAGGGCGCGUACUACAAACUCGUCACGACCGGAGCGCCGAUCAGCUAAUCUCACACUCAGCACUUAUAGGAACUAGAGAGGAUUUCCUACAUCCAGAUACAAUGAUAAAUCGGCUGAUAUUUAGCUGAUUACCAUGCCUUCUUUCCCUGUAUAAAACAUUAAUGUCAAAAGAGAGCGUUUGUUAAUCUAAUAACUGAAUGCUGAAAACAAAAACUUAAACGAAUGUAUUUAUGUACUAUCAAAUAAAACAUUUAUCG